AUGGCGGCGAUCAGAGCAAGAUGCCUCUUCCUGGCGGCGGCCGCGCUGCUGGUGACGUCGGCCUAUGCGCAGUCCGGGUGCACGGUGGCGCUGAUCGGCCUGUACCCGUGCAUGAACUACAUCAGUGGCAAUGAGACUGCGCCGGCCAAGUCAUGCUGCUCGCAGCUCAGCUCUGUAGUGCAGUCGCAGCCGGAGUGCCUCUGUAGCGCGCUCGGCGGCGACUCCGUCGGCGGCAUGACCAUCAACAAGACGCGCGCGCUCGAGCUGCCCAAGGCGUGCAACGUGCAGACCCCGCCGGUGAGCAAGUGCAACGGCGCUGGUAGUGCGAGUGCUCCGGUCGCCGAUGCGCCGACCACGCCGACUACGCCGGAGUUGCAGACACCUGCGGCUGCCGGCUCAGGGUCAAAGGCGACCCCAUCAGGGUAUAUGCAGCAGAAUGGUGUCUCGUCGCUCCAUGGCCCAGCGAGUCUGGUGUUCGCGCUGGCGGCCGCUGCGUUCUACACCAUGUCCACUGUGUGA